AUGUUUAAACCCGGACUAACGGAAGAUAUCUAUGUCAUGCCCCUCCGCCCUGGUGAAUCAUACUUAUUAGUGGCAGUUGGCACCGACCAUGUUGGCAACCGAAUAAAAAUUCAGAACAUUGGACCAGAAAACAUGAUGAAUGUUACUUCUAAAACAUUAAUGGCCGACUGUCUUUGUUCCGGUAAUGGCAACUGCAGUUCUGGAACAAAUGUUUGUAUUUGUUUUGAUGGAUUUUAUGGACCAAACUGCAAUUCUAGUGUACCGCCACCGGAACCACCAGUUUUAGAACUUGCAUCAGCAGCUGUUGGAUAUGUUAAUGUGCCCAUUGAAUUAACCAUUUCUGCAAGAAAUCUGUCUGGAUCACUAGAAGAGAUAGAAAUAUUCGUCACGGGAUUCCAGAACGACACAGUAUUUUCUAAAGGCAGUCUACUAGAAAGUGGCGAGCUUCAUUUAACAUACAGAGAUUUCGGAAGACUCGAAAUGACCACACAAGUAUUAGGACAUUUAAAUCUAGAUAUAACUGUUGUCCAGACAUCUUCAGACUGGAACUUUACCAGAUCGGGUAUAAUGAGUAUCAAGGUGUAUAAAAAUCUUACGACUGUAGACAUUCAGCUUCAAGGCUGCUUUUUCGAAUAAAAUGGUUCCUUUGCUGCUCUGUUGAAC